AUGUUCUGCUUUCUUCCAGUCAGACUGGUACUCUUGUCGAGCCUCUUUUCGUCUUUAUGUUUCGGUGAAACCAUCCAUCUCUACACCAAUGAAGAAGAAGCCACUGGAACGGUGAUUGCAGUUUUAUCCCAUCACUCAGUAUUUAAUGCUACGGAGGAACCUGCUACCAAUUUUCGACUGAUGAAGCAAUCCAACAGCUCCUUCAUCCAUGUUCGGGAGAGCGAUGGCCAGCUGAGUAUUGUGAAAAGGAUAGACCGGGAAAGAAUUUGCCGGGGCUCUUCAAACUGCAUUCUGUCUCUGGAUAUGGUCAGUUUUUCCACAGAUCAAUUCAAACUCAUUAAUGUCAAGGUGGAGGUGAGGGAUAUUAAUGACCACAGCCCGCACUUUCCAAACUCUGAGAUGCAUGUGGAUGUCUCUGAAGCAGCUCCAGUGGGUACCAGAAUCCCUUUACAGAUGGCAGUAGAUGAAGAUAUAGGUCUGAACUCUGUCCAGGAUUAUCUCAUCUCUGGAAACAGUCACUUUGGUAUUGAUGUACAGACCAGGGCAGAUGGACUGAAAUAUGCUGAACUGAUUCUUAUGAAAGAACUUGAUAGAGAAACUGAGUCCUUAUAUACCUUGGAGUUGGUGGCUAGUGACGGUGGAAGCCCUCCACUCUCUGGAAGCACAAAGGUUAAUAUCCGUGUCCUGGACUUCAAUGAUAACACUCCAGUCUUUGAGAAGAGUUCCCUCACUGUGGACUUGUUGGAGGAUGCUUCUGUGGGAUAUCUACUUUUAGACCUCAAUGCAGUUGACUAUGAUGAGGGUGCAAAUGGAGAAAUUAUAUAUGGCUUCAGUGCUCAGGUGUCCGAAGAGGUACGUCAGCUUUUUAAAAUUGAUGCUAAGUCAGGCGCUAUAUCUUUAGAAGGUGAAGUAGAUUUUGAGACUAAACAUUUUUAUGAGUUUGAUGUCCAGGCACAAGAUAUGGGUCCUAACCCACUAACUGCAACCUGCAAAGUCACAGUGCAUAUUAUAGAUGUCAAUGAUAAUACCCCAGCAAUUACUAUCACUCCCUUAACGUCUACUAGCAUGGGGGUAGCCUAUAUCACUGAAGCAGCUGCUAAAGACAGUUUUAUUGCACUGAUCAGUGUAGAAGACAGAGACUCUGGGAUAAAUGGACAAGUUCAUUGUACACUUUUUGGCCAUGAGCACUUCAAGCUACAUCAAGCCAGCGAGAAUAGUUUCAUGAUCGUCACCACCUCACUACUUGACCGAGAAAUGAUAGCUGAAUACAACCUGACAAUUGUGGCUGAAGACCUUGGAUUCCCUUCACUGAAGAUGACCAAACACUAUAAAAUCUGGGUGAGUGAUGAGAAUGACAAUGCCCCUUCAUUUACUAAAUCACUGUAUGAAGUAUCUGUCUUGGAGAAUAAUGUCCCUGGGGCAUAUAUCGCCACAGUUGUGGCCAAAGACCCUGACCUAGGGCACAAUGGCAAAGUUUCUUACAGACUAUUAGAUGGAAAGAUAAUGGGUCAGUCUUUGUCUACAUUUGUUGUUGUUGAUGUUGACUCCGGAAUCCUCCGUACUGUUAGAUCUUUGGACUAUGAAAAGCUUAAAGAAAUCGACCUUGAAAUUGAGGCCAGCGACCACGGUGUUCCCAAACUUUCAACUCGUACUCAGUUGAAAAUAAAAAUACUUGAUAGAAAUGACAACCCCCCGGUGAUAAUAUCUCCUUUGAUAGACAAUGGAUCAGCAGACGUUUUGUUGUCAGUCAAGUCUCCACAAAAUUACUUAGUGCUUAAAGUAAAAGCUGUGGACGCAGAUGAAGGACUGAACUCACAACUUACUUAUACCAUACAACAGGACAAACACAAGCUCUUUACCAUUAACAGAGCAAGUGGGGAAGUUUCACUACGCAGGAUAAUAAAGCCAACACAAGAUGUGGACCUUAGCAUUGUGGUUGUAGUCUAUGACAGUGGUAGGCCUUCCUUGUCCUGCAAUGCCACCAUAAAGUUCAUUCUCACUGACAGUCCUCCCUCUAAUGUGGAGAUAGUUGUCAUGCAGUCAGUAGAGGAAGAGCAGCAGAAAUUAGAUCUAUCCAUUAUCUUCAUCGCUGUAUUAUCAGGAGGUUGCACUUUGCUGCUAGUUGCCAUCUUAUUCGUGGCUUGUACCUGUAAAGGCCGAACUGGACGUUCUAAGCAGGAAUCCCAAGAGCGCCGGAGGGAAGCAGAAGACCGGCUUCUCAAUACCACAGCCACUCCUAAGGAUUCCUCCUCUACCUCCUCUGACUCUUGUCAACUGUCGGUCAGCACGGAAUCCGAGAGCUGCAGUCUGACAUCCAGUAGAGACCAAUGUAGGGACCUGCAUUCAGCUUCAAAUAGCUCAGUUGGUGCUCCUUUGUCUGACUGGCAGCAAGAAAAGAUAGCAGAUGGUACACAGCAAGAAAAGACAGCGGAUGUGAGGAGAGACUCGGUGGCGGAGCCUGGAGGACGGAACCAGGAGGAGAGAGUGAGGAGAGACUCGGUGGCGGAGCCUGGAGGACGGAACCAGGAGGAGAGAGAGCAAUUCAGUGCCAAGGACAGUGGGAAAGGCGACAGUGACUUCAAUGACAGUGCCUCUGACACCAGCAGGGAAGGUGUGAAGAAAGGAAGUGUGUUGCCCACCCAGCAACAGACAGGUGCCCCGUACAAUGAAAAAGCAGUGGCAUGCCAAAGCGCUAAAUCAGGAUUGAUCGGCAGGAAUAAUAGCUCUCAGUACAGCGGACACUACACAAUACGGUACCAGAAGGAGUAUGCCGUGUCCUAUUCAAUGCCCCCCCCUUACUACAACACCUAUCACCCACGAGCACAGAGUGCCCCAGCUCCCCAGUUGGGUAGGAGUGAUGCUUACUACCACGUCAGCCAUCAGCCAGCCCACUCGGACUACCAGCGAGACCUAACCUUCCGAAGUGCCACCCUGUCUCCAUCUCGACUCUGCAGGGGACCUCAGCAGUUACACUACAGCCACGAAGUGCCAUUACAAGCCCGUCCCAGUGAAAUAUCUUCCAAUUUGUAA